UACGAUUUGCAUUUCUGCUGAUGGACGAUUGCUUCUUUCCGGUUGUGAAUUGCACGCGACACGAUGGGUAAACCAAGAGGUCUUCGUACGGCGCGUAAGCACGUGAACCACAGACGUGAGCAGCGAUGGAAUGAUAAAGACUAUAAAAAAGCACAUUUGGGAACCAGAUGGAAGGCUAACCCUUUUGGUGGUGCCUCUCAUGCUAAAGGCAUUGUCUUGGAAAAAGUGGGAGUAGAAGCAAAACAGCCAAACUCUGCCAUUCGCAAGUGUGUCAGGGUACAGCUGAUUAAGAACGGAAAGAAGAUUACAGCCUUUGUGCCAAGGGACGGUUGUCUUAACAACAUCGAGGAAAACGAUGAAGUUCUAGUGGCAGGCUUUGGUCGUAAAGGUCAUGCCGUCGGUGAUAUUCCUGGAGUACGAUUUAAAGUGGUGAAAGUUGCAAACGUUUCUUUACUUGCUCUUUACAAAGAGAAGAAGGAACGACCUAGAUCUUAAAUUCAGCCAGAAAUGUAUUUGACAAAUAUAAAAUACAUAAGUUAAAAACUUAAA